CUCGCACUUCUCACGUUCGCAAACAAGCGCACGUGUAUUUACUCGAGUAAAAAGUCGCGAGUACCUGCCUAAAUGUUUGCGCAAAUUUCGGAGCUAUGCGCGGUGACGUGCGGGUGGAAAACAGACGGUUUCUUCUCUUGUACGCUUCGCAAACUGGUCAGGCUGAGGCGAUAGCUCGUCGACUGAACGCCGCCGCCCUCGAACGAGGUUUUCUGCCCGAUCUACACUGCGUGAGUGCUUUUGGCCGUGAAUUUGACCUGGUCAAAGAAAGCUGUUUCGUUGUCGUCACAUCAACUACGGACGAAGGGCUAGUGCCUGAAAACGCUCGUCGUUUCCUGCGCUACUUACGCAAGGCGGCGGAAUCGGACAGCCUCUUGAGCGGGUCCAAGUACGCCGUUCUCGGGUUGGGCGACACCAACUACAACAACUUUUGCAACGGCGCCAGGACUCUGGAAAAUCAGUUCGACGCUUUGGGUGCUGCAAGAUUCUACGAGACCGGUUACGCCGACGACGCUGUGGGGUUGGAAAUCGUUGUCGAACCUUGGAUCGAGGGACUGUGGACGGCAUUGCGUAGUACCCUGUUUUCUGCCCCAACCACCACAACACAGACUCGGGAGGACCGUUUGAUGCAAAGAAGCAUGGAAGAAAGAAGUCUUACGAACUGCAGCCUAUCGGCUUCUGCAGAGCUCACGCUCCCGCUCAUGAAAGAUCCUCUGGUAUGUGUGCGAUUUGACAUAUCUGGCACCGACGAGAAUGUUUUGGACAGUCACGUCUGGCGAGGAGGUCAGCCGCUGCCUUUCCAAGAAUCGAAAAUUUUGUACGUCGCUCUGACUUCGGCGAAACGUCUGACCUUUUCGGACGCGGUCAAAGAAGCCUGGGAACUGGAGUUUCAGCUGCCUGGUGCGACCGGCGAACCGGAAAUCUGCUUUAAACCGGGCGACUCGUUCGGCUUUCUCUGUGUCAACCGGCCAGCCGAAGUGAGCUACGUCAUUGAUAGGCUAGGCGUUCCCGGCAGCAACAUGGUUGCCGUGACGUAUGCGCAGAAGGCGCGCAACAUGGAACACUUGCCUAAAGCGCCGCUUACCGUGGAGAAGUUGCUAACUACCAUUUGCGACAUUAGAGGUAUUCCGAAGAAGAUAUUCUUGAGGACACUUGCAGAGUUUGCUUCGGAAGCUAGUGAAAAAAGGCGCCUGCUGGAGCUUAGUAGUAGAGAAGGCAGCAAGGACUACGUACGUUUCAUCCUCGAAGCAAGAAACACUUUCCUUGAUGUGCUCAAGGCUUUUCCGAGCUGCAAACCUCCUCUGGCUGCCUUGUUGGAACACUUGCCCAGGCUCCUGCCACGCUACUAUUCAGUCUGCAACUGGCCCCCACAGGACAACAGCGUUGCACGUCGAUUCAGGAUACUCUACAAACGAUGUCCAAUACCCGAACGUGAUGAAGAGGGUCUGUGCACUGGCUGGCUAACCGAACUUGCCAAGCAAUGGCGUGCACAGCCCGACAUUGUGUCCAGCAUGAAAUCUUUAUCACUGAGUGAAAACUCUUGCAGCAGAGUGCCCAUUUAUCUUAGAAAAAACACAACAUUUUGCUUUCCCGAAUCAUUGGAUAUACCAGUUGUUAUGAUUGGACCGGGCUCGGGUGUCGCCCCAUUUGUUUCCUACUUGCAGUGGCGGAGAGAAGUCAUGGCUCAAAGUGAUAGAGGUGAUGUAUCCGAGACAUGGCUGUUUACGGGCUGCCGGCACCGCCGCCUAGAUUUUCUGUAUGAAAACGAGCUCUGUGGACUGGUAAAGCAAGGUGUGCUGUCGAAAUUGGUUGUUUCAUUUUCAAGAGAUGCUGACAGCGGGGACACUGCAACAGAAUCUGAGAUGGGGCUCAAAGAGGCUGAGGGAAGUGAAGGACAUGAAUUGAAAGAAAAGGAUGUGGGCCAUUCAAAUUGGAUCCGUGGUGGAAAGUACGUUCAAGACAGCAUGAGGCUUUGGCGUGCAGAUUUAGCACGGUUUAUUUCCCUAGCCAACUCCCGUGUGUUUGUGUGUGGUGACGCUGUCAGCAUGGCAACAAGUGUGAGAAACACACUUGUGGACAUUCUCAUUGAUGAGGGCAUUGUUGCAAACAAGGAAGACAGCCUUGCGUUCGUGAAGGAGCUUCAGACGCAAGGUCGGUACUUGGAAGACAUCUGGACUGCGUGAUACUUCUGAUGCUUAGAUGACGUAGCUCGGUAUCCUGUUUAAUGAUUUUAUAAUGUCGGCCUAUUUCACAAAUUUAGUAUGGAACCAUGAAAACAAGAUGCAGUUGUAGUAUAUUUUAAUCUUCAGUAAACCACUACAAUGCUUUGAGAUGCUUGGAACAGCUGUGUGGUGUAUGAAAGAAGUUAAAUAAGCAGUGUGCCUUGUUUGACUUUUUUAAUGCAAAAUAAGUGUUACGAUGUCAUACUAUGGUUCAUGAUGCAGUAAAGCAUUUUAAUUCUUAUUAACUGUGCACACUGUGUCAUACAACUUGUGUUCAAUAAACACGGUGAAUGAGUUGCUGAUA